UGCAGGUAUAUAUAGCGGCGGGAUCAGCUGUUCAAAAGCCAGUCGACUUCAAGCCUCCGUGGGUGCAACACCUCCAGCCUUGCUCUCCAUCAUGAUAACCAGGAUUGUGCUCCUAGCCCUAGCAGCUCUGGUAGUGUUGGCCCUAGCUGAGGCUCAUCCCGGCUUGGGGGGAGGCGGCUAUGGCUUAGGCUUCGGAGGCUAUGGCGGUGGCGGCGGUGGCGGCGGCGGCGGAGGCUUCGGUGGAGGCUUCUACGGAGGCUCUGGAGGCCAUGGAGGUUACUCAGACAUCGGAGGAGGACCUGGACUAAGGAUUGGCCUCGGAGGUUCCCACGGUGGAGGUUACGGCAAGUGAUCAUCUAGAAGAGCCUUCACACCUGUCACACCUUCGCUAACCGUAACAUGAAAUAUAUAUUAAGGAAACCUAA